AUGGCCGGCAUGUUCGAGAACGAAAAGGUCGAGAACCCCGACUCGUCGGAACCCUCGAUCGAACGCAGAGUCGACAACUCCGAAGUACCAACUCGCAAGAAGGAGACAGGCAACGGAUUUGACGGCAGCGACAAGAUCAUCUUGACAGAAGACGACUGUUAUGAAGAGCUUGGGUUCUGCUUUCCUACCUGGAAGAAGUGGAUGAUUCUUAGUGUCAUCUUCAUCGUCCAGGUCUCGAUGAACUUCAACACCAGUCUUUACAGCAACGCCAUCACUGGCAUGACCGAAGAGUUCCACAUCAGCGCUCAGGCUGCUCGUUGUGGUGCUAUGAUCUUCCUCGUCCUCUAUGCCUUUGGUUGUGAGCUUUGGGCACCCUGGUCCGAGGAGCUCGGAAGAUGGCCUAUCCUCCAGCUCAGUUUGUUCCUUGUCAAUAUCUGGCAGCUCCCUGUCGCUCUCGCACAAAACUUUGGAACCGUCAUGGCCGGUCGUGCCCUUGGUGGUUUGUCUUCUGCUGGUGGUUCGGUCACUCUCGGUAUGGUUGCCGACAUGUGGGAGGCCGACGAGCAGCAGUACGCUGUCGCUUUCAUCGUCUUCUCUUCGGUCGGUGGUUCCGUUCUCGGUCCCGUCGUUGGUGGGUUCGUCGAGCAAUACGCUGCAUGGUAUGNNCGAUGGAACAUCUGGAUUCAACUUAUCUUCGGUGGAUUUGUCCAAGCUCUCCACUUCUUCCUCGUCCCCGAAACCAGAACCAGUAUUAUGUUGAACAAGAUCGCUAAGAGACGUCGCAAGGCUGGUGAGACAAACGUCUAUGGUCCUACUGAGUUGAUCCCCUGGAAGGACCGCUUCUCUGCCAAGGAGAUUAUCCAGACCUGGAUUCGACCUUUCAAGAUGUUCCUGACUGAGCCCAUUGUCCUCACACUCUCGCUUCUUUCUGGUUUCAGUGACGCCCUGAUCUUCAUGUUCCUUCAGUCGUACGCUCUCGUCUACGACCAAUGGGGCUUCUCUGCCUACCAAGUCGGUCUUGCUUUCUUGCCUCUUCUCAUCGGAUACUUUAUUGCAUGGUUCUCAUUCUUCCCCGCCAUCGCUCGUAACAAAAGACAGCGUCGCGAGAACCCCAACGACGAACACGCCCAGUACGAAUCGCGCCUCUGGUGGCUGCUCUACACUGUACCCUGCCUUCCUAUCGGUCUGAUUGGCUUCGCAUGGACCAGUGGAGGACCUCCAAUUCACUGGAUUGGCUCCAUGAUUUUCAGUGCAGUUAUCGGCAUUGCCAACUACUCGAUCUACAUGGCCACCAUCGACUACAUGAUCUGCGCCUACGGUCCUUACUCAGCCUCUGCCACUGGUGGUAACGGAUGGUCUCGUGACUUCCUUGCUGGUGUUCUGACUGUACCCGCCACCCCCUUCUACACUAACAUCGGUGGUGAACACCACUUGGAAUACGCUUCGACCAUCCUGGCUUGUAUUGCGCUCCUCCUUGUCGUUUCAGUCUACGUCAUCUACUGGAAAGGACCUGUUCUCCGUAAGCGUUCUCCCUUCGCUCAGCAACUUUCUUCUGCUCGUGAGGAACACGGUGGAAGAAGAGCUUCGGCCAUUUACGGCCCCAGCAGAAACAACUCGAUGGCCGGCGCUUCGGUUAAGUCGAGCGCGUCCAAUAGACAGUCUGUUUAG